UUAACUCAGAGCUGCAGAGUCAGUGUUACAGUUUUAUACAAGUGAAUAUGUCUGUAUGCUGACCGAUUAAUGUGUGUAUAUACAGGGAAACUCAUUAAGAAGUAAGAAGUGAUGCUGUGAGCGGCCAUGUUGAUUUCCCAGUUAAGUGAUUUCUUUGUGUUUUUGUAGUCGGAAUUACAACCUGAAAGUAGAAUUUGUAAGUUAGGCAACACAUUUUAAAAACCGCACACAGGAUUAUCUCCACUUAGAUCAAACGUCCUUAUUUUUCCUUCUCUCAUCUUUCUGCUCCAACAACUUUACUUUGUUUUUUGCUCUAUAUCUGUCAGGAUUGAGAUUAAAAUAAAUGCACGUAACUUUGGAUUGGAUUACACUUAACAUUCAAUAAACACAGGUUUUUAUACAGAGUGUCGAGUUUAGGAUUCUUAUAAACACUUCUGCAGUCAGAGUGAAAUCUUUGCAUGAAAACACAGUGAGUGAAGCCAUCGUCUUGCCGUCCCACAUGACUGAACUAAUUGCAGUCUUACAAAUCUGAAUUUAUGAUGGACGUUAAGACCUGCACCCAAACCAGCCACCAUUUUGACAUUCUGAAUAUAGAAACUUGCAUUUAACUUGAAUGAAUUCCGAAUUAGAGCUUUAUUAAACCAUUAGAGAUGAGACACAGACUGCUCCACCUGGCAAUCUGAUCAGACAAAAAUAUCGGAGUGUGAGUGCAAUGUUGUCUAAGGAACUCGACAUUUUUUUUUUUUUCAUCCAGGCAUUUCUUCUGAAACGUUACGUAAUCUAGCUGACUCACAUCCAGAUAAUGGCACUGUACCGUACACUUCCUCCUCUGCUCUUUUUGCCUGAUACAGUGCUUUCCUAAAGGGGAGCAGGCUGCUGGGAGUGGCUGCAAAAUGGUUUUUAUGGAGGCUGUUUUAAAAUUUAUUCCAGCUAACUGAUAUGAUCACCUUUCAGAAUUCAAGAGAAUCAUUGACUUACUGAGAAAUGACUCUGGGUGUUACUGGCAACUCAUCAAAAUAAUCAGCGUCAUCGCGUCCUAUAUAUAAGACUGAGGUCAGCAGGCGGGAUUCACUCGUUAGACAGGAGGAACGAAGAGCAAGCAAAUGGCAAACAUGAUUCCAGCUGGCAGCAAAAGACCCAGAGACCCCUCUGCUCAGGGGUUAAAGGUCAAGUUUUUGAUCAAUAUACCUAUGAAGGUGGAGUCAGUGGAUCAGGCACAGAGGAGGUGUAAAUAUCUACUCGAUGCUCUAAGUGAAGGCUUUAAGAAAGAGAAUAAGAAAUUUAUGAAUGAUAAGAACGACAAAAAAGUGGAAGAUGCAGCCGUGAUUUUUGGCUUGAACGGAAAACACACCUCAAAGCUAGCUGAGGAUCUGAAGAAGCUCCAGAACUUCACGUAUGAUUAUGAACACACAGAUAUCAAGUAUAAAAUAAUCACAUACACCUGGGGAAAAGAUGGAGAAAUAGCAAAAGAUGUGCCUGAGGGUACAGUACCAUACCAGGAUAUUCGAGAGCAUCUGAAAAAUCACCGUGAUACAGAAGACCUUGUGAAACAGUUGAGGGGGAAAGAUCCAAGAUGUCUGAUUUACUUCAGUUUUGUUGACAGUGACACAGUCAAGUUCAACUACAUCUACAGUGAAUACUUACAAAUUGUGAGAGAGGAGCUAGAAAAAGACUCCAUCCCACCCACCGUGAUGUCGACUGGUUAUGAGUUAACCCACGACAGCGACCAUUACCCCGCGAGUAGGCUGGACCGUGAGGUUCGUGCAGCCGUGGCUGAGGUUCAUCCUCUCCUUGUGUACUACCCAGAACCCAAUUUCUGCGUUCUAGUGCGCGACGGACUCAACACCAUAGAGGAGAGUUUCAUAAACAAAAAGAAGAAUGAACAAAAAUACAGCAUGGAGUCACCGGUUCUGAUCAGGCAGGUGAAGAAACGUGACAAUUUUAAAGCGGUAUUUCCUAUAAAAAAUCCCAUCAUCAUCGAAACUCCGGAGAGAUUUAAGCUUAGUGGUGAAGGUCUGAUGACCAAUCAGUCACAUCUGAUUGGGAUGAAUUUGGCAAAGGGUGCAACCUGUAAUGGUGUGCUCACAAAUGCACAAACAUACACUAAGGGGGACGGCCCAAAUACCUGUAAUCCCAAACUGGCGCAAGGAGUCGCUGGCAUAAACAGAGGGUUCAUCAUUGACUUAUUUAACUGUGAAGACGACAAGAAAUUUGAAGAGCUGUGUAAGAAAAAUCCGUACACCAUGGAUGGAAAGGUGGCCACAGCACUAGCUGAUGCUGUUAAAGAAGCAAGAAAAUACAAAAAGUUUAUUAUUGAGUUUGAUAAAAAGCUCCCUGAAGAUAAAAAGUAAUCUCCUCUGUUUGGACCGGCCCUUACUCUGAGCAGAAAAUGAUCAUGUGCAAAUUAUACACACAUGUCGUUACGUUUAUAUACUGUACACCAGUGUGACUUUAAACAUUUAAAUGGCAAUGUUCAUUUUGAUGUAUUAUCUAAUCCAAUGACAAUAUUUACUCCAUGCUGAAAUCACAACUUUAACAUAAACACACUAGCAUUACAAUCAGACACGAAGCUCACAUGUUGGCUUGGAGACAUUCAGCCACUCUAAUUUACACAUUGUACACAUUGUAGUGUAGUAGUAUUAGCACAUUGUAGUAUAGUAUAGUGUAGUAAAGUAAAAAAAAAAUACAAAGGAAUAAGAAUUUUAAGCUCAUCUCCUGAAAAUUCUUUCUAAAUUGCAAUAGCAGAUUUUAGGUAGAUUUUGCCUUUAAUGAUUAAUAUGUAUUAUUACUAAUGCACACGCCAACAUGACACAAUUCAAUUAUUUUACUCCAUGUGAAAAAUAAAUAUUAAAUAAACGACACUUACAUCAAAUGUGUUUUUAUUAAAGUGGCAUCUAAUGACAUGUUUUUUAAACCUGGUGAAUAAUUAAAAUAUUUCUGAAUUAAA